AGUGAAGGAGGAGGGAAGUUUUGCUUGAUUGUUUUGUGAUGAUAGAUCAGUGGAGUGUGAAUUUGUGUCUCUCAAAUCUUUUUCUCAAUGCGUGGUUCCUAGAGGAGAGCCACCCUAUAGGCUGUACGCUACUCGAAUGUCAAAUCGGCUUGGAAGGAAGCAUCGCUGUGACAGGUCCCACUUCGUCAGAAGGUCCCGAUUUCGGCCCAGGAUUAAUUAGGACAGGUAUAUGAGCCAGGAUUAACUAGGUUUGGUCAUUAUAUAAAACCAUGUGGAAAGCACAAGCAGGACAUCAGAUUUCAGCUACAGAUAAUGGCAACGAUGAUGAUGACUGGGAGACCGAUGCUGAUUUUGUCAAUGAAAUGACAGAGGAGGAGCAGAGAUAUGGAACCAAACGUGAUCUAGGAUCAAUCAACAUGAAAGAAUUCCGAGAAGCCACUCUUAAAUCAGAUGCUGAUAUCAAACGACGGGAACUUGAAGAAGGUCCCAAGGCUUCUUAUGGAUAUGGUGGCAAGUUUGGAGUUCAGAAGGACAGGAUGGACAAAAGUGCUGAAAGUCAUGAGUAUGUUGGAAAGGUGGAAAAACAUGCUUCCCAAAAGGAUUAUGCUACUGGGUUUGGUGGUAAAUUUGGAGUACAGGCUGACCGUCAGGAUAAGUCUGCUGUGGGAUGGGACACUGUAGAGAAGGUGGACAGACAUGAGAGUCAAAAAGAUUAUAGCAAAGGGUUUGGUGGAAAGUUUGGAGUCCAGGCAGAUCGUCAAGACAAGUCCGCCUCUGGGUGGGACCACAUUGAAAAAGUGGAGAAGCACGAGAGUCAAAAAGAUUAUUCAAAGGGCUUUGGUGGAAAGUUUGGAGUACAGAAAGAUCGGCAGGACAAAUCAGCAGCUGGUUGGGACCACAUUGAGAAAGUUGAAAAGCAUGAGAGUCAGAAAGAUUACACACAGGGUUUUGGUGGCAAAUUUGGAGUUAUGUCAGAUCGCCAGGAUAAAUCUGCAGCUGGUUGGGAUCAUAUUGAAAAAGUAGAAAAGCAUGAAAGCCAGAAAGAUUAUUCAGUAGGAUUUGGUGGAAAAUUUGGUGUGCAGAAAGACCGACAAGACAAAACUGCAGUUGGCUGGGAUCACAUAGAAAAGGUUGAUCAUCAUGAAAGUCAGACUGAUCACUCAAAGGGCUUUGGAGGUAAAUUUGGAAUACAGAAGGAUCGUAUGGAUAAAGUUGCCCAUAGUUAUUCAGAACAGCCUGGCCAGAUAGGAACCAACUAUGAACCUACAAAACCAGCUCCACCACAAAAGAGUGAAAAAGCACAUAACCUCCGUGCUCACUUUGAAAACUUAGCAUCGACUCAGGAAGAAGAAAGACUGAAACAUCUUGAAGAGGAGAGAAAAAAAAGGCUUCAGGGAGACACAGCUGUUAUUCUUCAGGAGAGAAGCAAGCAGCUGGAACUGCAACAAGAGGAAGAGGAGAAGAUUCGCAGACAAAAUGAAAUGGAAGAAAGAAUUAGAGAGGAAAGAAAGAAAGAAGCUCUUAAAAGAAAGCAAGAGAUCCAGAGACAACUGCAGGAAGAGGAAAGGCAAGAUGACCAGCAAAAGAGGGAUGCAGAGAUGCAGAGGAGGAAAACGGAGGAGGAUACCAUGAAGAUGCAGCAGCAGGAGGCUGAGCAGGCAGCAGCUGAAGAGGAGGCCAGGGCAGAGAAGGAGCGCUUGGAAGCCGAAGUUCGCAGGCAAGAACAGCUUCUCAUGGGCAACACACAGGGACCCCAAGAUGGAAAUGAGUUGUCACCUGAGAGCUUAUCCCCAGAUGAAGGAAUGGGUAUCACCGCAUUUGCUCUGUAUGAUUACCAGGCCAUGGAUACGGAUGAACUCUCCUUUGAUCCAGACGACAUUGUGACAAACAUUGAAAAAAUUGAUGAAGGAUGGUGGAGAGGAUGGUGUAAAGGACAAUAUGGUUUAUUCCCUGCCAAUUAUGUACAGCUCCAUAGUCCUACACAGUGAGGCACAAGAAUCUGGGAAGCCAUAGAGCAUCCCAGAGGUAGAUGACGAAAGAUAGUUUUAAGUUUUUUUUUUUUUUUUUUUUUUUUUUCAAAGAAGUGUAUACAGUAUAUACAUUAUAAAUGUACUUGCAACUUUGUUGCAUUAAAAGCAAAUUUUUAGAUCAUUAUUGGAAUCAAUUAUUUUGAUUUUAGAGAAUGGAUUUUAUAGAAUUUUUAUGUAAGCUAAUUUUGUGAGAAUUGAAAAAAAAAAAUUUUUUCAUGACAAUUACUGCAAGUGUUAUAGGUAUAAUCAUGGCUAAGUUUAAAAUAUUGAGAUCUUCCACCCUAAUUCUGCUUCCUAGUAAGAUAAUAGUCAAUCCAUUGUUUUACCUGUGGAUUUUUAGAAUUAGUACUGUACCCUCGUAAACAUUGUUAAAGCCAAACUAGUUUAAGAUUUAUCAAUAACAGAAGUAAGCUUUCAAAAUAGAUCCUCAGGAAACUCCCAGCAUCCUUUUAUAGCUCAGUGGUGUACUGUAUAUAAUAGCUAUAUAGUUUUUAUUGUUGUUGUUGGAUUAGCACCUGGUCAAUUCCCACAUUGUUGGAGAUUUUAAAAUGGUUACUAUUUUAUAAAUAGAAAAGCAAUGCAUCCUAAAUAACCUGCAUUAAGGAUAGUGUUAUGCAAUAUGUACAGUACAGUAUCCUAUACUUAGGUGGUAAAAGAUAGCAGAAAACCCUGAAACCUCAGGGUUAAUAUUGCCUAAAAGUGAACCUUGAGGUGUGUAGUAGAGUGGAACUUACCCUCUACUCUGUCCUAACUUUAACAUUUAAGGAUCCAUUGGAUGUGGUUUGUGAAGAAUAUGAAAACUUAUCUGUGAGUGUGAUCACAAGCAGCAGUAUAUCAUGAGAGUUGAAUUCAUUUUUAAACCCAUAAUUAUUCAUGGGUACAAAGAAAUAUAUAGAAGCUUAAAAUUACUUAAGUUAUAUAGUGGUGCUGUUAUUUUUGUUUUAUGUUUUUCUUAGUUUACAUACAGUGAACUUAUAUUCAGCAAGAAUGUAUCUUUUAGGCUGUGUGGAAAUUAGGUUUUUUCAUGCAUCAUGAAAUGAAUGCACUUGGUACUAAGUAAUCAAGGACAAAAACUUAAGACAAAUACAUUGUGUAUACUUAUAUACCAUUUUUGCCAUGGUUUUUCUGGUAUAUUGUGUUACCUUUAACAAGCUCAGUUAGCAUUAGUAUAAUUAAUCUUAAAUUUAUUUUUUAUUAAUUAUUUGUAUUAAUGAUUAUUUUAUUAUUGAUAAUGAUAUUAAUUAAUUACUAAUUACUGGUAUGAAUUAGUGUACAGGCAGUCCCCAGUUUAUGAUGGUCUCAACCUAUGCCAUUAAAAAAUACUGUUCAUAAAAAAUCUGGUUCUGACAUAACACCGAAAACCAACGUUACGACGCGGUUCUGACACGACACUGAAAACCUGACAUUACUGCAGUUCCGACAAACUCAUAAACCCGAUGUUACGCCAACCCAACAUUACUGAGGUCUAACAUUAAUGAUUUUUCUUAUUAUUGAUGAUGGGUAUUAAUUAAUUAUUAGUACAAAUUAGUGUACUGACAGUCCCCAGUUUACGAGGUCUCAACCUAUGCCAUUCCAAUCUUAAGACACUAUUGAAAAAUAUUCAGAAAAAAUCUGGUUCUGACAUAACGCCGAAAACCUGACAUUACUGCAGUUCCGAAUAACUCAAAAACCUGAUGUUACACCAACCCAACAUUAUAGUGAUUCUAACAUGAACCCGAAAAUCCAACAUUACGCCAAUAGCUUACUGUUCUGACUUACUAUGCUGAAUUUUGACAUACAACAAGCCAUAGGAACGGAUCUCCGUCUUAACUUGGUAACUGCCUGUACUGUAUUGGUAUUUUAUUAUUAAUUAUUGGUAUUAAUUAUUCGUAUGUUUUAUGGGCUAGAAACAGCACCACUGAAGAAAAUAGAACAAAAUAACAGUUGCAGAAAUGAGGAUGCUCACAUGGAUGAGUGGAGGGACAAGAAAUAAUGAGGAUGCUCACAUGGAUGAGUGGAGGGACAAGAAAUAAUCUCUUAAAAAAAAAAAAAAAAAAAAAAAAAAAAAAAAAAAAAGCCCAAGAGUUAUAUUUGAGAUAGUUGUCAAGAUGAGAAGGUUUGGGCCACUUUAUGAGAAAGAGAUUUUGAGUUACAUGUUCCUGGAGAGAUCAUGGAAAUUGAAUUAAUAGGGAUACAAAAAAGAGAAAGCAUAAGGGAAGAUGGAGAGAUUCCAUUCAAGAAGACAUCGGAGACAAAGAAAUAGAUGAAGGAAGGAUAAAAGAUAGAGAUAGCAGGAAAAGACACAUCUACAAAUUAGCUGUGAAGACACCUAUUCUUUUGUGACCAGUAAAUUUAAAUCUUAAUAGGGAAUGGUUGUUCUGAUUUUGUAUGUUGAGUUAUAAAAAAAUUUUUGUAGCUACCAGCAUCCACAAUAUUUUUAGCUGUAAAUAAGUAAUUAGAUGGCAGUUGUGAUGAUAAUAAUGAUAACUUUUUCACUAUGUAAUCUGUAUUGUAUAUUUGCAUAAACAUAUAUAGGCUUAUACAACACACUGUUACUUAACAGUAGUGCUUGCAUAUACACAUCCUGUACACAGCAUAACAGGACUUUCAAAAAUGUGAACCUGUAGAUUAAAUUUAGUUCUAUUAAAAUCUGUGUGAAAAAUCAAAUUCAAGUAGGAAGAUCAGCGCUUUGGAAUUUUCUAGAGUUCUUGACAUGGCUCUCCACCCAAGCAGCAGAGCUUUUUGUGUUGAGUUGUGUUUGCUAGUUAGCAUUUCUCUUUCCAUAUAAAGGUGAAUGGGAAUAAAACAGGUUUUGCAGAGCAUUAGGGAAGAUAGAGACUGAAUAAUAAUACAAGAAAGAUGAGGCUUAAUUAUAAAACAGGCAGAAAAGUUUAAAUACUUAGGAUUAUUUUUAUAGCAUCUAUUUUAAGCCAAGAGGGAGGAUGAGGCUGAAGUUGACAAUAGGAUAAAAGCUGCAUGGGGGAAGUGGUAUGUGUCAAGAAAAUGCCAAUCAAGCUAAAAGUCAAGAUAUAUAACAGUGAUAAGACCAGUGUUAAUGUAUGGAGCAGAAACAUGGGCAAUAAGAAGAAAGAGGAAGUAAAGCUUGAGAGAACAGAAAUGAGAAUGCCGAGGUGGAUUAUGGGAAAUGAUGAAAUAAGAAGGGCGGGCUUAGUGAAGAUUACAGAGGUGAUAAGAGAGUCAUGAUUGAGAUGGUAUGGGCAUAUGGAUGAUGAGGAGAGAGUGAAGAGGGCUUGGCAAGAACCUGUUAGAGGAAGAAGAUCGAAGAGAAUUAGAUGGCGAGAUAAAGUGAAGGAAGAUAUGGAGAGGGGAAGAGGGUUGGUGGAGGAUGAUGCCUUUGAUAGAAGGCAGUGGAGAAGGUGCAUCAGGCAACCGACCCCUUAAUGUAGGGAUAAUGGUGGGAAAGAAAAUUAUUUCUCUUUCUUUCCAUAUAGCAGAUAACUUUUUCCAAUCCAGUUCUCAAAACCAAUUCAAGCAUUGAGGGUGUAAAUCUGGUGCUUGGCAAGAUUUAAAAUUUUAUUGACUAUGGAUACAUUGUGAUUACAGGCAGUCCCCAGUUAUCAGUGGUCUGGUUUUAUGGCACUUGUAUAGCACCGAAAAUUGCAAAAUGCACCAAUUUCUGGUUAUUGGCACCAGUAAGUGCCGAAUAUCACCAAUUUUCACUUAUCAAGUUGUUGGAAUGGAACCCCCACCGAUAACUGGGAACGGCCUGUACUGGUAUGCUUAUACAUACAGGCAGUCUCUCAGUUACGUCAUUCCAGACUUACAGUGCUUGCCUCACAGUGCUGUUAACAGCACUGUAAGUGCUAAAUAUUCCCAUUAAAAAUACAAUGCUUCGGGAUGCGGUGAUUUUCAGCUUAUGGCGCGUUGCUGGGGACGGAAGCCCUAACCAUAAACUUGGGACUGCAUUUUAAGAAGUUUUAAAAAGUAGAUACUACACAAACUUGAAGACUCACAUUGAAGUUCAAAUAGGUUAGAUGUGAGGGGAUAUUUUUUUAACAACAAAGUAAGCUUUAAUGGACAAGUUUUUGUCGACGAUGAUAUCAUGGUUCUAUGUUGCAUCAUCAGUUAGUUCAAGGAAAACUAUGUCAGUACAUUUUAAAUAAUAUUGUGAUUGACAAACUUCACUUUAUUAUGAAUGUACCACAUUUUAUACCCAAAGUGAUAUGUAAUUUAAUGAUUCAGUAUUUUAUAUGUAAUUGAUGUAUGUAAUAAGCCUUCUAUAAGUUUACAUCUUUUAAAACUUACUUCAUAACAUGAGGUACUUUUGGGGUAGACAGUGAGAUACCUUUAAACAAGGAGAAUAUAUUGUUGAACAUAUUUGUAUAGCACCAUAUUUAAUCUUGAUACAAAGAUAAGAUUUUUAAGAAGUGCAUGAGGUGGGGCCAGUCAACCUCUACAUAGGCAUGAGCUGCUUUUGUUUGAAAUGUAUGAGAUGGGAUGAAAGAGGUUCAGCUGUCCCCGAGUCUACCUUUUACUGUAGUCAUACCUGGGGGUACACUAUCUUGCCAUAUUUUCAUCUGGCAUUACCACUAUCAUUACCAUGAACACUGAUAUUUAAUUACAGUCAAACCUCGGUUUUUAUAUGCCUCUCUUUUCGUACAUUUCAGUUUUUUUUUUUUUUUCUACGAAAUUUUCUCAGUUAUCAUACGUUUCCUCAGUUUUUGUAUACUUGGAAACACUCCACCCAGGGUCCAGCGUGUGACUGGGCCCCAUAUCGAGCGCCCAAACAAAGCAUCCCAUUUUCGUUUGCGACCCAUUCUGGUUUUGUGCUUUUGUGUUUGUUGUUUUGGAGAAUUAUCAUCCCAACAGAAGUAGAAAUCUGUAUCUCCAACAUGUUUAAUGACAAUUGCAGUGUUUAAUUUUUGGCAAAUUUUAAAGAAAUGCCUGAAACAAAUUUUUCUGGACAGUUUUGUUGUGUGACAGGGGUCCAGUAACUCUCAAGCUGGUCCUAGUUCCAGUAAAAAACGAAGAGGAGAAGGAACCCGAUAGUGUCAGUAACAAACGAAGAGAAGUAACCCUAGAUAGGUCCUUGAUACCUGAAGUCCUGGGGAAGAUUGCCCUUCCAAACAAUAACCUCUCCUCCUCCCUCUCCAUCUUCCAUAUGCUAACAAGUGUUUUCUCUAAAGGUAAGUGUUGUCAAAUGUUCAUUUAGUAUUCAUUUCAUUAGUCGUAUUUAUUUUUCAUUGUUUUCUGUAUGUAAAACUGGCAAUUCCCUAUAAAGUGUAUUCUUUCUUUAUAUUAUUGGGUUUGGAAUGCAUUAAUUGUACUAUUUUCAUUAUUCCUUAUGGGAAUUAUUCUUUCGGUUUUUGUACGUUUUGGAUUUCGUGGUAGGUUCCAGAACAGAUUAUGUACAAAAACCAAGGUUCCACUGUAUUUAUUUAUUCAUUCAUGGUUAACGAGGUCCAGGUAACUCUAAAGAAUGAAAAGUACUCAUUAAGUGUACAGUUUCUUCAUUUGCUGGUUUACACUUUUUGCUGAGGAUAUAAACAAUAUGGCACAAGAAUUACGUACUGCACUGCUCACUUUGGCUGUAUGAGAUGUUUAACUCAGAAGGUGCUAGGGAGUUGCCAUUUAAUGACAACGGCAAUAUUAUGCAUUAGCAACAUCAGUAAUGGAACCAAUAUUUUCUUGCUAAUUUUUUAACUCGCCACCUAAUGUUAUACGUGGUUGUAUUCUCCUUGUUUUGCAGACUAAUAAUAAAAAGUGAAAUAUAAGAUAUUUUGAAAAUUGAUAUUAAAAAGAAUAUAUUUUGGAAAGAAAUUUUUUUAAAAAUGCAUUUCAGUUUUGGAAUAUUUUAUGCCAUAUAUUCUGAGAUAAUUUCACAUACAGCAGUUAUUAAUUGGUUGAAUCAGUGUAUAUAUGUGUAUGUUAACUAACAUAUGCACAUUAACUUUUAAAUCACUGUUGUCACAGUCACUAUAAUUAUCUCUCUAUACAUCACUAUUUGAUGGAAAAGAAUAAGCAUCAUCAUUAAAAGCCAUUAUCACAAAAAUUUACUAUAUAAACAAAGAUUUAUAUAAAUUUUUGAACAUUGUAACUUCAGGAUAUGAAAGCCUCCCUGGUCCCAGCCCCCGGGGCUGAUGGAAGGUUUACAAUUAUGCUAUUUUGAUACCUAUGAUUAAGAGAAAUCUGGCGUCUUUUAUGUUCAAGAGUGAGCUGAAUGGCUGGUGACUGUUGACAUCACUGAAACAGAGCUAAGGGGAGGGACUAAAUUUACCGUGAUAUUUGAAAAUAAAGCGUUUUAGCAACAUGCCGCACCUUAUGGGUUAAUUGGUACUACUAGACAAAAGCAGUAGAUGGAAGUUUUGAAAUUACUACAGGAUCGACUGAUUCUAAGCAAAUAUUAUGUAAGAUGCUAGAUAUUACAAGAUAUAACAUCAUUACAUGUUAGUUUAAAUGGAGUUCCACAGGAAAUUGUUCUUAGUAGCACCCUCAAAAACUAUAAAUAUCAUAGGCCAGCUACCAUUUAGUAUAAAAAAUAUUUCAAAGAACAAUGUUGCCAUAUACUACACAUGACAUAUUGAAUGUAUUAUCAAUAAUGCCAUAAUAAAACUUGACACAUUGACCUCAUCACUCUGUUUUUAGUUAUCAGGUCAAUCCAGAGGAAAGACUGCAGCAUUAUGUUAUGUAACUGGAGUAAAAUAAAAAAAUUAAUUGACACCCUUAAUCUUUUACACACACACUGGAAAACCCAAUUAGCUUUUAUAAAAGCCAAAUGCAUUAAAUUUGAAUCAAAAUUGUUUCACUCAAGUUGGAGAACCAACAGACAACAUUUACGUCAUGAUACAAGGUAACUGUCAGCCUCAGAAUACAACUUUGAAGUCUGAAUCCAGUUCUUUAUGAGGGACUCGGAAUAUGAAUUGGAGCUUUUACAUUUUUCCCAGACUCAUCUAUUUAAGUUGAAAAUGGUGAACCACCUCUAAUUCUUUGUCAUGACUAAAUCAAGUUUUUGUCUGGUGAAUCACACAUUUUUUACCAGUGAUUCACCAACAAAAAACUUUAUCCAAGAGAUAUAUUCAAAACUAAACAUGUGUCAUAAAGGUUUGUGACAUGUAAAAUACACUUACGGGUCCAGGUCUUCAUCAGGCAUGAGAAUUGCAGCCAUAUUACCUUAUCAAACACUAGAGUUUCCUUGCCUAACAGAGUUUAAGUUUUCACAGCAGAAUUGUGUGUGAUGGGAUCAGCUGUUAACAGAAAUAUAUUUUCAGCUACCAGGAGUGCUAUAGAAGCCCUAUGCAGUUAUAACACAAAGAUACUGUACUGUUGCACAACAAAUUUAAUAUUCACUUUACAAAUUAUAGGGAGAUUGUCAAAAUGUAGACACAUGUGGAUUCCUGCCCAUGUAAAUACUCAAAGAAAUACAGCAACCUUAUGCAAUAUCUAUGAAACCCAUUAUACAGUGUAAUCAACAACUCGCAGAAUAGGACUAGUGAUCUUGAUAGCAACAUAAAACAGAUCAAGUACCUUCAUCAUAUUUUUACCCACAUUCCCACUUCCUUUAAUCUUGGUGUUCAACACCUCUUAAUGUAUACUUCUUGUUGGAACUGUGGAAUUAUCCCCCAGUUCCACCUUUACAUAUUUAUAGUACGUACUUUAUUUCAUUUCUUUUGUUUUCUUGAUAUCUUUUAUCUUGCUCUCCAAUUAUUUCAAUUCCUCCUUUUCAAUGUCUUGAGCGCUGAAUGGCCUAAAGUGCUCCAGUAAUUGGCUUGACAACCUAGAUUUCAGGAAUCAAUCAAUCAGCCAUAUCAAAAGGAAUGAUGUUUAUCAUAGAAUUGGUUGCUCUUAUUGGCUUCAUGAUGUUUGGUGAAUAGUCCACACGAUCCAAUUCUGUACCUGUUUGUCAGAAUGUAGUAAAAAUUUUGUCAAAUUCUGGAAACAAAUUUUGUUAGAAUCUCCAUUCCAAAUGAACCCAAGUUCUAACAUUUUUGAAAAGCUGUGACUUGAAAAUAAAAUCUAAAACUUUAUUAAAAGUCCUUCAGGCCAACCUUGUGAGGGCUAAAUAAAUUAGCUCUGGUCUUGUUACGCUACAUAACAAUAAUAAUUGUAAUAAUAAAGGUGUAAAAGAUUUUUAUACUUUUGAUAAUUUAUCACAACGUGGUAGUCCAUCAAACUGUACUUUUGAAACCUACUGAACACGCAACCCAUUCCAUCAACCAUUGAAUGUUGGUGUCAUUUGACUUGCUACCAUAGGAUAUCACAGUACAGUUUAAAGAGUAUAACUAUAACACUCAUUUUCUAAAGUUCUUCUACAAAUAUUUUUUUUUUAAAUCCACAUCAGUUUUCGAUAAUCACAUUUGAACUAAAUGAAAAUAUUAAAGUGAAGCAACAAUACUGUUGUUGAAAUUUUAUUUAGAUCCAUAAGUUACUUCUCAUCAGUCUUGAGGACUAAAAACAAAUCUUACUGAACAGAAUCUACAAUAUGGAUUGACACCUUCCGUCAAGACUUAUCAUCCUCUAUCUAGUAGACAGUAGCCAGUCUUCCCAAAACUAGUAAUUUUUUUGUUAGAUCACUGGGAGUCAAAAUCAAUCUUACAUUUCUUAAAAGUUUCAUCUAUUUCGAGUUUGAUUACAUCUCUGGCACCUACAAACUAUUUCCAUACCAUUGUUAUUGAUGAAGUUCAUGUGUUGGAACCCAUUGUACAAUGUAUGUCUUAUGUACUUCCAUCAUGGAGUUGUUCCACUUCAGUCACAUUACAUUUGAAUGCUUUAUGAAAACAUUUGAUGCUGGACAAUACUAAUCCGUCAGUAAAUGCAGCCACGGUACAUACAUAUAUGUUUUCUUUCUUAACUGUAGCAGUAAGACUGUCAACAAUUACAACUGGAACCUAUCAUGAUGUUUUUUUUUUCCUCAUGGUUGCCAGUUACAGACUUUUCCAUCUUGUUUAUAUGCUUUCAUUCAACCAUCCACCCUUUUUCAUGUGUAUGGAUGAUCAUAAAUUUUAGAAACCUGUUUUGGAAUAGUUUCUUUUAAAUACUGUACAGUUUUACCAUAAGCAGUAGCUGGAGCUCAGCAAUACAAAAUAGCUAGACUGUAAACCUGUUUUGCUUGCCCUUUUAGUUUUAUUAAAACCUUUCUCACCAACUUCAUUGUUUGACUAAGUGGCACAUUAAAAUUGAUGGCUGUUCUAUUCAUAUAUCUAAAUCACGAAAAUUGCUCUUUAAUUCUUCCUCCAGUAUUAACUUGUCAUCCAGUGCCUGAUAAGGAUGCUGUGCUACAUGUGUCCUGUCAUGAUUUUUUAUUAAGUCUUGAGUAACUCUUGGCUUGCUUGAAACCCUUGAUGCCUAGUUUCCUUUCCAGUUUUAUGGCAAAGAUUUGAACUGAUCUUCAGCAAAUAACUUUAUUUGGUUGAUUUUCUUUUGAGACGUUGUUCCUUGAGCUUCAACACUGGCUACUUGUUAUACUUUUACCUGUUAGCACUUUCAAUUUUUUCAGUGAGCCAGAUUAAUCCUAUCUCUGACAUUCUUUUCUUAAUAUUACAUUUCUUUGUUCUUGCAGUUAUGUUCCCAUUCAGUCAUUGGGAGCAUGAUCUUUCCUUUUAGCUUUUUAAAAUCUAUGCACUAGACAGAAUAUUCUGGCCCAUCUACUUUCAGCAAGGCACAGUUGGCAUUAAUGGUCUUGGUUAUACAUUAGAUCAUUCCUAACGGCAUCAGUCAGGUCUCUAACAUGAAAUUUAUGAGUUUCAUCUUAAAAAUGUUGUUUAAUUUUUCUCUUCUCCCAGAUUUUAAUACAAUACUAAAGGCAAAAUGCAUAAUUAAGCAGAAAAUGUGUGUGAACUGCAAAGGGUGAAAAAUAACUCCAAUUAUUCAGAAAAGUAAUGUGUGACCUGAAACAUACUUAAAGUUGUGAUGGCGUCCAGCUGAUAAUCAAAUUUAUUAGUCUGAUCUAAAAUGUAGUAGUUUUUGUAAUAUACAAGAAACAUUGUGGGAUUUUGUAAAUAAUUUUUAGUUUUGUGGAAAACUCACUAGAGUUGCUGAAGGCACUUCAUACUACUGAUCAACAGCGGUUCUUAUGUAUAUAACCACCUUUGUACAUAUUGUAUGAACAUCUUGUUUAGUUUGUGUACCAUACAAAUUAAGUAGUCCUAGAACUGGCCAAAAUUCUUAGGCGGUGCUGGAGGUAUUAAUGUACAAGUUAUAUUACAUUAUUUAUUUUUAUUUACUACACAUAAAAUAUUAAAGUCGAGUACACAACCUUACAUGUACAUAAUAUUGUGUUUUUUAUCACAUGUACUGUACAUCUACAAGAGUUCAUGAAUUUAUUUAGCAGUACAUUAGUAGUUCAGAAAUAUGAGUUGCAUUCAUGACUGUACAUACUAGUAUGUUACAUUGAGAAAACCUGACAAUCAUUGUUUAAACAAUGGAGGAAAAGUUAGUAUAUUAAAACAUGUUCAGAGAAAAAUGCAAUGUGUAGGCAUAGAGGAAUAAAUGGGGGUUCUUGGACCCUAUAAUAAUGGUGCUUUAUUACUGUUUACCAGUAGAGUUUGUAGUAAAAUUACCAUAAAGAAAUGAGGACUGGCCUACAUAAAAAGUAUACAUCAUAUGUUAUUGAUUUCUUAAUGAAAGGCCAUUGGUUGAACAGAAGAUCAGCAUGUAAACAAGUGCUAUAUGUAUGUACUAUACAGUACAAAAUAUGUACUAAACUGUACAAAGGGCCCAGUGGUCACUUUUAUUUAUAAGGAGUUGUUCAUACACGAAACAAACCUUCGGUCUUAACAUUAGGAUUUACUAGCGCCAAGCUGGAAACCGGUAGAAUUAAAAUUACACUUGUGAGAUCCAGGGACUAAUGGCAUCUAUACCAGGUCACGGGGCAUGUAUACCCAGAAUGCCCACGGCUACCUGUGACCCAUCAGUUAUUUUCCUACCGCCUUUAAGAUAAGACGUGUUACUGUCUAUCUCAUUUAAAGCCGGUUUUUCAGUUUGCCCGUUCUUUAUCCAUUUCAUUUUUAUUUUUCAUUCCUUUUCUUUCUCCAAGUGUGAUCAGUGUGUGGUAAGAGUGUAUACGUGGUAUGAUGGAGAAUUUUGCCUCAACAUCGGGAUCGUCUACCGCUUCGAAGAGGAGACAAAGGAAAUGCCCAGGAGUCAGUGGCUUCCCUUGUUCUAGGUUCCUAACCUCGGUGUCGACGGAUCCUCAUCCAACGUGUAGUAGGUGCAGGGAAAACGUAUGUACGGUUACUAAUCCGUGUUCUGUUUGUCGCGGUUGGUCGGUGGAACAGUGGAAGAAGUUCUAUGGGAAAAGCCAAUACAAAAGAAAGGGGGUGACGCCAUCUUUGGAUGAACCAACCUUACCGGCUUCUUUUGUAUCGGUAAUAAACCAGGCUGCUCCAUAUGUUUCUCCACCUGCUUUUGAAUUGUCUCAUACCCCUUCGGUUUUCUCCUAGCGGUUCUGUAUCGGAAACGUCAGGAGGGGCCUUGGGUAAUUUUAUGAAUAAUUUGCACUCUCCUUUGUUCCCAGCAAGUAGAGGGGGAGAUCCGCCAUCUUUGUUCCAGGCUCCUGCUACGCAAGCGCAUAGGUUAGAUGGUACGUGGUCAGCGCUAGGCCUACCAGGCGUACCAACCUUGGAUGGUCUGCUUGCGCAUUAUAUGACGUCACGGUUCCAGCAGGGGCCGGCAGCGCUGAAUGUUCCUCAUCCCCCGGGCUUGCAAUUUAUGGGAAUUAAUGCCGCUGCUUCUCCAUCCCACUCAGUAUUUACAGCGAUGCAGAACGUGGGAGGUAAUUUGGCAGCAAACGUGCGGUUACCAGCAGAAACCUCUCAGUCUCUCCCUACGAGAGCGAUGACGUCACAACAUACGUCACACUCUGAGAUGGCAGGCGUGAUGACGUCACAGACCGAUUCUCGGCCUUUUUCGCUGCACCCAGACGCUAAUACGCCUUCUGAUCCGUCAAUGCAAACUGUAAUGCAGAAGUUACAGGAUAUAGAGGAGAGAAUGAAUAAGAGAGACAAAAAGAAAAA